AAUCAAAUGAAUGAAAUUUUAAACAGCCUUGAUUAGAAGAAAUGAAUUCUUUGAGUUGUUAUGUGUGCAUCAACCAAUAUGUUUAAUAGGCAGCUUAAUACAGCGCAUAUUCUUGCCGAGCAAUAUCGAUAAGUUCAGUCUUACAUGCUUUAAUGUGGGCGUAUUUUAGUUUUGUAAUAAUUUAUGGAUUUAGUUUGAUAUCGUUCUGCCCAGCACAUUCGACACAGAUGGCAACGCCACCGCGCGCUUUGGAUACCAUCUCGCUAUGCUCCACCGUGUCCAGUUGCCCCGAUCGCAAUGGUUUCUAUGGCGGAUUCCAGCGCACCGACAAACCCAAGGAGCCGCUAUCCAAAGCACAAAUCAUAGCGCGAGAAAAGAAAUGGCUUUAUAUGAUUGAGAAUUGGUCCAUUUAUAUGUCCAAGAACUAUAAAAAGAUACGUGACAGAUGCCGCAAGGGCAUACCUAAAUCUGUGCGUCCCAGGGCUUGGUUUUAUCUAUCCGGCGCGUAUUUGCUGAAGAAAAAGAAUCCGAAUGUAUACGUGGAGCUGCUCAAGAAUCCGGGCAAUCCCUCGACCAUAGAGGAGAUCAAAAAAGAUAAGCAUCGUCAGUUUCCGUUUCACGAAAUGUUUCUCGACGAGCAGAAGGUGGGCCAAAUCGAGCUAUUUAAUGUGCUGAAGGCCUAUUCGAUAUAUAAUCCCAAGGUGGGCUUUUGUCAAGCGCAAGCGCCAAUAGCCGCAUUCCUAUUGAUGCAUUUGCCGGCAGAGGAUGCCUUUUGGGUAUUUGUAAGCGUAUGUGAUGUUUACUUGCAGGAUUAUUUUAUACCUGGUCUCGAGGUGAUACAAAACGAUGCGGGCAUAUUGGAGGGCCUGCUUAAGAAAACCUGCCCACCCGUCUAUCGUCAUCUGCAGAAGCACAAAGUGGAGCCGCUGCUUUAUAUGACCGAUUGGUUUCUGUGCGCCAUGACUCGCACCUUGCCCUGGGAGACGCUCUUGCGUGUCUGGGAUUGCUUUCUCGCCGAGGGCAUACGCGUCAUCUUCAAGGUGGCCCUGGUAAUCAUUGGCGCCUCGCUCAGCCGGCACAAGGUGCGCAAAACGUGCACAGGUUUGUGUGAAACGCUCGCAGUGUUGCGCUCCCCGCCCGAACACAUUAUGGAGGAGGAAUUCGUCAUAAACAAUAUGAUGCGGCUCAAUUUGCGUGUCGAGGACUUUCAAAUAGAGCAUACGCGUCAGAAGGUGCGACGUGCCAAGCAAAAGGCGCAACAGGACGGAGCAGCGGGUAGCGGAGAUGCCAGCACCAGCAGCAGCAAUGGCAGACGCAAUAUGCCCACGCUGUGAGGCUCCGCAAUAAGAAUAGAAAACCAACAACAAAAUUGUUACUAAGGAAACACACACACAAUACAUAAGUUUCAUAUAUUAUAUAAAAAACAAAUCUAAAUGCAAAGUCGAAUAAUGAGAAUGGCGUGCACAAAAGAAAAGGAACUGACAUGUAAACUUCGAAACGAUUAUGGGGAAAACCACAAUGAAAAACUGUUUAAACAACAGUCAAUUAGCUAACUUUCAUUCCAUGCACAUACGAUAAUGUAUUUGGCAAAAGAAAACAACCGUUUUUUUAAUAUUAAAAAGGAAAAUAUUUUUUUCUAAUUUGUAUUUUAUUAAUUUACAUUAUUUUAACAAGUAGUUGCAAUUAUUAUGUGCGUGCAAUUUGUUUAUGCUUUUCAAAAGUAUUUAUUAUUAUUUAUUGUACUACAUAAAACUAAACAAAAACAAACGAGAAAUCAAUUUUAGACUUAGCGUUCUAUUAAACCGUAAACAUAUCGUAUUAUUAUCAUAUUAAAUUUAAUUACAAUCACAUUUCAUUGACAGCUGCAAUGACACAUGAAUUCUCGAUCUGUAUUACAAAUAUACUAUGUAUAUAUAUUGAUUUAUAUAUAUAUGUAUUAUUUUACUAUUAAAUGUUUAACUUCUUUUUCGGUAUGUUUUUAACAAAUGCAAAUAUGUCGUUGAUAUAUACAUACACACAUACACAUAUUAAAUUGAAAAACACUUUUGUGGGGUAGUUAUAGGGGGUCGUUACUCGAAAUUAUUAAUGAAAAAAUAAAUGAAAAUACUAU